AUGCUGCCCACACAGCUCGCGCGCAGUCUACUCUUCCGGACCAAGGCCGAUCCCUCUAGCGGGACUCUGACAGUCUGCGACAACCGUACCCAGCGGCGGUACGAGAUUCCAAUCGACCGAAACUCAAUCAAAGCCCUCGAGCUUCAAAAGAUCAUUUCUGUUCAGGCUGAUGCCAACUCUGUCAGUUACUCUGGUCUGAAAAUUCUCGAUCCUGGAUACCUUAAUACUGCCUGCGUCGAGUCGAACAUUACCUUCAUCGACGGCGGCCAUGGAUCCAUUCAUUACCGAGGCUACUCGAUUGAAUACCUCUUCGAGAAUCACGACUACGAAGAGGUUGUCUUUCUCUUGAUCUGGGGUCAUCUCCCCGACGCGGUUGAGAAGAAGACGUUCCAGCGCAAGAUUGCUGCCGGCUGUAUUCCCCCUCCGCACGUUGUCCAAGUCAUUGAGUCUUUCCCUCGAGAUUCGUUGACAAGCACAAUGGUCUUUGCUGGCAUGGCCGCCUAUGCCAGCCAUGACGAAGGCGCAAUCACCACACUCCAGUCCGGACGGCCAGCCUUCAUGGGCCAGGCUGACAAGGUCGAUGAGGCGCUCAUCGGUUGCAUCUCUGCCCUCGCCACUGUUGUUGCACUUGUAUACUGCCGCAAGCGCAACAAGACUUUCACUCCUGCCGAUCCCGAAGACUCCUUCAUCGCCAACAUGUUGCGCAUGAUGGGCUUUCAUGAAGACAGCCAAAGUGGCAAGCCCGAUCAGGAGAUUGUCAAGUGCUUCGAGAAGCUCUGGAUCCUCUACGCCGACCAUGAGAUGACCAACUCGACCGCCGCCUUCUUGCACGCUGCCUCGACCCUGACAGACCCCCUGGCAUGCUGCAUCUCUGGUCUUGUCUCUGGGUACGGCCCGCUCCAUGGAGGCGCCAUCGAACUAGCCUACAAGGCCUUUGAGGAUCUCGGAACCCCUAAAAACGUGCCGAUGCUGAUAGCAGACGUCAAGGCCAAGAAGCAGCGUCUCUUCGGGUACGGCCACCGUAUCUACAAAGCCGUCGACCCCCGAGCCAAGUUCAUCCGCGCCAUGAUCGACCAGUACAAGGACAGGGUGGAGUCGAAUACUCUACUUUCCAUCGCGAUGGAGGUUGACCGCGUUGCCAAUACCGAAAAGUACUUUACCAGCCGUAACUUGAAGGCUAACGCGGACCUUUACGGGUGCUUCCUGUAUACUGCUUUUGGCUUCGAAACCGACAUCAUCGUAGCCAUGGCGUGCUUGUCGCGCAUUCCUGGUGUGUUGGCGCACUGGCGGGAGGCGAUGCUCGAAAAGGGUCCCAUGCUAUGGAGGCCGCAGCAGGUCUUUACUGGUCCGCCGCCGAGAGAAGGCAACUCGAGUAAUUUCUAA